CUCAGGCUUGCUUUCCGGCAGUGUGGACUGACGCGUCGCUCAAUUUCCGACAGCGCACAACUGGCUGUCCCCUGGUGCGAAUGGGCCACGGGAGGGCUUCAAAGGUUCGAGUCCCAGUACGGAAUGAGUCUCUUUGACCUUUUUCGGGGCUUUUUCGGCUUUUCUAGACCUCGGAGCCACAGAGAUCCCUUUUUUGGAGGGAUGACUCGCGAUGAAGAUGACGAUGAUGAGGAAGAGGAAGAAGAGGGAGCUACCUGGAGCCAUGGGAGUCGGAGGUUUGACAGUCCCCAGCCCCCGGAGGAAUUUGGCUUUGGCUUCAGCUUCAGCCCAGGAGGAGGGAUGCGUUUCCAGGAUCAUUUUGGCUUUGAUGACCUAGUACGGGAUUUCAACAGCAUCUUCAGCGAGAUGGGGGCCUGGACCUUGCCUUCUCACCCUCCUGAACUUCCAGGUCCUGAGUCAGAGACACCUGGUGAGAGACUGCGGGAGGGACAAACACUUCGGGAUUCAAUGCUUAAGUACCCGGAUAGUCACCAGCCCAGGAUCUUUGGGGGAGCCUCGGAGAGUGAUCCGGGAACCGAAUCCCCAAGGUCAGCUCCAGGAUGGGGGUCCCCGAGACCUUUUCAUAGGUUUGAUGACGUAUGGCCUGUGACUCCCCAUCCUAGAGCCAGAGAGGACAAUGAUCUUGAUUCGCAGGUUUCCCAGGAGGGUCUUGGCCCAGUUCUACAGCCCCAGCCCAAGUCCUACUUCAAGAGCAUCUCUGUGACCAAGAUCACUAAGCCAGAUGGGGUAGUGGAGGAGCGCCGGACCGUGGUGGAAAGUGAGGGCCGGCGGGAGACCACAGUGACCCGUCAGGAAGCAGACAGCAGCCCCAGCGCUGAUCCAGAACUGCCAAGACCUCCAGCUCUGGACGACGCAUUUUCUAUACUGGAUUUAUUCUUAGGACGUUGGUUCCGGUCCCGGUAAUCUUGUUAAACUACAGAGGCCUCCAGGUCCUUUCCAUGUCCCACUCCUUGCUCACACUCAGCAAGCUUAGUGUCUUCUGCCACCUCAGGGUCUCGGGAGUGUGCAUCAGGGAACAGGGAUUACAUCAGUCUGUCAUUCAUCUGGGCUGACCAAUAAAACCUUUAUUUAUGUUAA